AUGUCGGACGCAAAGUACGCCAACAUCAAGUUCGAGGACCACGAUGACCGGAGCAGCACCGAGGUCGAGGAGUCACUCCUCGGCAACGACGACAAGGCGUGCCGGCGCUGCAUGGCCAAAGACUACCACCGCGAUCAGCCGGCGAGGAGGAAGAACCGGUGCCUGGCGAUGCUCAACUCGUCGCGGUGGUUUGUCGAUACGAUAUUGCUGGUUGUGAUCUUGGGUCUGUUGGUGAGGGAGCAGAUGCAGAAGCCGCCGGUGAAUACGUGGGAUUUUGGUGGGGAUUUGACUGGUGUCAGCGGACAUUUCUCGCAACAGAUCAAGACCUUCACGCCAGACUACGAGGGCAAGUAUGCGCCCAACGACACAUCAAAGUUUUUCACCGAUGAGACGUUGAACAACUGGAACGAGUUGAUGCCUUACGGCAUGGGCUUCCAAUGGGUGAAUGACACGCACAAGUACCACGACCUGCCGACUCCCAUCGUCUGGCCCGAGAAGACCGUCUUCACCACCUCCAUUACCCACCAGCUGCACUGCUUGUUCGCUGUUGUCCAGACCUACUCUGGUAUCAAGUCCGGCCACGAGAUCCCCGAUGACCAUCACUGGCACAUGAUUCACUGCUUCUCCUACCUGAGACAGACCAUCAUGUGCAGUGCCGAUAUGGCUCUCGAGGGUCUUGAGACGACCUUCCCGGAUCACAACGGUGGUUCUGACGGCUGGGACUCGAAGCAUGUGUGCAAGGAUUAUAGUCAGGUCAAGAACUACUUGGAGAGCGUCAGGGCGUACGACGACAGAGAAAUCUUCUAA